AUGCCGGUCAUCAGAUUCAGAUCUGGCACCAAGAGCUUACAAUAUGAUAGUAUAGUCAGACGUACUGAAAGAAGGUCCAAAAACGGAUGUCUUACGUGCCGUCUUAGAAGAAAGAAAUGCGACGAAGUCUCGCCUGAUUGUGGUAGGUGUUCAAGGAACGGUUUGAAGUGCGAGUGGCCAUCGCCAUUCGUACAUUAUGGGGCCCGUGUAAAACCGGUGUUUUCAUUUGUUCAUGUUUUGGAAAAACAGCUAGUGAAAGAGUUUCCUCGCAAGAAAUCGGGCCAAGGAUUGCGACAGCGGUGUGCACUCGAAAAAGGGCCUAAUAAUGCCAAAUCGUAGCAGGAAACCGCCAUCUCCAAUCAUACUACGAAGAGUGUCGUGCUAAGUGAAUUUCCCAGGCAGAACGGCAUUUUUUGGCAAGAGGUACGACCCCAGAUAGCCCGUUCUCUCAAUUCAAGAUUGGGCUCACGUUCAAUGCCGGGCAAAAAUGAUUCGGAGCGAACGGCUAAAUGCCAUGAGAUUAUUCAAUCGAACUCGAAUACUAACGACUUCAACGCAAGGCCUCAACUUCCUGCAUCUAAAGAGGGUGUAAGUGUUACUCGAGUUCCUCACAAUACUUUCAACACCAUAGGUGGAUUUCCCAUCAGUGUUUCCAAUACUACUACAGACAAGUACCUCAAAAUAAUUGAUGCAUAUGACAAGGGAAAAACUCUCCCCAGUACCAAUCCCGAAGACGAUGAGGAACUGCUUUUCUACACAUGUGUCAACAUGUUUAUACCGAAUCUGGGCACCCAGUCUUCCCACCCGCUUUUGACAACAUGUGCCACGUUCAUUCCCCAAGUUGAAAAUAGUGCGCCUUUGAGAGAAAUCUUCUUGUGCUGUGGGGCAACUUACCCAGAAUGGUAUGACGAAGCGAAGUUUUCGGCACUCUCAGAUGGACUUUAUGAAAGCUCGAAACUGUUAAUCAAAAAACAGCAACAGAAAGCUUCGGACGAGUAUUCGGAGCUGUGGGUGCUACCGUCCUUUUUGCUGCUGUGCUUGCGGUGCAAAAAAGCUUCUUCGGGCACCGUGGAUGACUGUGUCAAAUGCCUCGCAGAGGCGUAUCUCGUUAUAAAGAAUACAAUUUGCUCCAAACACAAUGAGCAUGAUCAACCGGCAGCUGGUCUGCAAAACUUGACUUACGAAAUCGAAAAGAAGUUCAUGUCUAAAGCUGAAGAGGGUGACGAUACUGUAAAAACUGAUGUUGUGCUGGAGCCUUUUGAAAGAAUGUUCAUGGAAAGCUUCAUUUAUAACUAUUCAGUUGCAAUUUUAUUCGCGACCGAUAUAGUAGCACUUCUGAGUCCAUUCUCUAUAUUCAAGGAGCUGGCUCCUUUUUUGAAACGACCACUUUAUUACUGUUCUUUUGAAUGGAUGAAUAACCCUGUGUUAGGUCCUUCUCUUGACGCAUUCGAGAUUUUAGCGAAAGUGUCGUAUAUUGCACGGCUGCCCAUGCCUCUUCCUCAAUCAUCCCCGUGGUUGCAGAAGGCGCAGCGCUUACAUUCGAUGGCUUUUUAUUACACCGGACCGGUGCUGUCUCCAUCGUUGAGGUCUGAAGACACUCAUAUCUACAAGAUUGCGAAAAUUAGCUCCACGAUCGGUAGCAUAGUAGCGAAGUCGAGCUACUUGCUAGUUUCCAAAAUUUUGAAAUAUAACGAUUUUGACAUACAGCGGCCAUCGAUUCAAAGGAUCCGCUGUGAAAUAUUCGAGGCUUUUUCGUCUAUUCCGUCUGACAGUAAAACCUGGGGCAUUCUGCUUUGGUCCCUCGUCAUCACUGGCUGUUUUUCCAUUACUUCAGCCGAGAAAUUUCAAAUACUGACAUACCUGCUGAAUAUCGGCGAAAAUCUCCAUCAUCAAAACGUUAGAAAGAUGAGAAGCGUCUUAGAAAAGGCGUGGUCGCUUCCAAUAGACCAGCGUCUUGCCUUUUUAUUCGAUCGCGACGAACUUUCCACAAUUUCACCGUAG